GAUUUAAGUCAGUUAGAUCAUCCUGACCCUGGUUUCUUAUCAUUUAUAUGAACUGGUUAUGUACACAACGCCACUGUCAUGUUUCAACUACAAGACAAAGGCCAUCGUGGACAGGCUUUUAACUUUCUAUAUGUUAUCAGGGACACCAGAUGUAAACGUUAAGCAGAACUACAUGUAGGAGUGUCUUGUCUGGCUGUCCCAUUCAAAUCCUUUUUACUCACGUGAUCUAGAUACUGCAGAUAAAGGGGUCGAAAACGGCAGACUGGCGUAACUUUCUUGCACAAUGUUUGUAGCAGUUCUAUUUCUUUGCAUUUUGCUGAGUGGGUCUCUCUGUGGACUCAUCAUGCCCAUGACAAAACCGGACGGUAGUGCUGAUCUCACAGGCCUCCUUAAUCACGUCACUCUGCUUGAGCAGACUGUUGCCAGUCUUCAGACAGAUGUACAGACCAACAAGGCACAGGCAGCUGCUGAGAUUUCUUCACUGAAAGAUGAAGUGGCGUCCCUGAAGACAGAACUGCGGGUAUCAUCAAAUGAUCUCGCUGUGGUGAAAGGAGAACUAAACGACAUGAAACGAAGGAUUAGUGAUACUAACAGCCAGCCGAACAAUACAGAGGUUGAUUCAAUCAGACACGAUGUCAGGUUACACUCGGCGCAGAUAAAUGCGGUACAGUCAGAUGUCCGGAUGUUUGACAAUCAACUAAACCUCGUGAACUCUACUGUGUAUGAUGUGAAGAUAGAGGCAGACAGAUUUAUCCAGAAUAUAUCGUCUGACGUCAAACUUAUCACACAUGAACAGGAAAUACAAAACCUGGAACUCCAAUUAACAAAGACGCUGACCCAAAGUACAUCAAAACAACUUGAACGGCUGGAGAAAGACAUGAACUCAACGUCUGCAGGUCUACAUGAUAUACAGAAUAACUUUAGUUUGACAAGAACUGAAGUCACAACUUUGAGAAAUAAUCUGUCCAUUGUACAGAAACAAUCUUUGGACAACAAUCAGUCUCUGACACACGUCUCACAAGAUCUUCAUUUGGUGUCAGCAGAUGUACACGCAGUACAGAAUAAUCUGAGUCUAAUCGGCUCUGAAGUUAAAACGGUGAGAAGUGACCUCUAUCUAGCACAAAAUCAAUCCCUUGACAACAAGCAGUUGCUGACCGUGCUUGCGUCAAAGAACAGAACUGUGGCAUUCCAUGUGUACUUCCCACCCAACAAAUCACCUGCUUACACUCCCCUGGCAUUUAGUGGUACCAAUUACAACGCCGGCUCUACCUACAACACCACCACAGGGAAGUUCACUGCGCCCGUCAAUGGAACCUACAUGUUCUGGACGCAGAUAGAAGCCAGAGGGUCGACAAUCACUGGCAUGUACGUCCAUAUCAUGAAAUCAGGAGAGGUAGAUGAAAACAUUGCAGGCGGGUACGUGAAAACAGACCCGAGUAUUGAUGAGGCUGAUGCUUCUGCUGUAACUGUCACCCAUCUGGACCAGGGGGAGGAGGCGUGGGUGGAAACAGAUCAUUCGGGAUAUAUUUAUCAAUCUUCUGCGUCAUACUUUGGUGGGGUGUUGUUGUCAGAGGACUGAUUAACUUUGUGAACAUUGUUGGAUUACACAGACACCGGUCAGUAACAGCCGUUUUCUGUAUAUAACACUUUUGAGCAUACUCACAGACUUCAUACAGAGCUUAAGAUUAAACACAUCUUUCAAAAAGGAAAGAAAAAGGUGUAAAGCUCAAUGCCCACAAAGUACUUAACUUUUAAAAGGAAAAAGAAAGUAGGUCCACAUGAAUACCUAGCUCACAUGAAUAUUUCUGGAAUAUGAAUAUGAUAAACGGGUAAACAAUAAUAUGCAUGUAUUGACACUAAAAGAAGAGGUACAAGAAAACAACAUGGAUAUUCCAUGAUGAAACAUGCAGAAAUGGCAAAUCCAGUCAAUUGUUAUGGCAAAUUGUUAUGGCUGUCAAAUACUGGAUCAGAAAUCUGUGUGAAAUGUUUAAGAGACAUCAAUGCUGCGAUCAGUAGACAAUAACUUUCACCAUCAUAAAGCCAUAGGUUGUUCUUAAGGGUAAACGAUAAAAUAUACAUGUAUAUGACCAAAACCAUCUGACAUGGUAUUGCCCGUACCACAGAAAUGUCGGAUUAAUGGGGAAAAGGACAUUUUCAUGCGGCUGCCAUGGUGAUAAUUUGUAAAAUCAGAUAAGGUUUCUUUAUCAUAGUGAGGAUCAUUUUUGCCCAAAUUGAACUUGACAGGACUUAUGUGACGAAUGGACAACACACAAUGAUCCACGCCAUCAGUUUACUUGGACUGAAAGUGUGUCAGUGAAUGAGUGAGUGAAGUAAUUACUAUGUUUUCAAUGUAGAACUAUGCUAGAUUCGAUGGAGUGAAUUUUGAUUCAGGGUCUGCAAUGUGUGUUUUAACGACAACGCUCUUAUUGUGAACAUCUUAUUAUAAAGAGCUUCAAGAUGUG